AGCAAAGACGAUGGCCUUACCUAACAACGAAACAAAGCUUCCUAACAGUCGUCAGCCACGUAUGCUUCAAAAACCAUCAACUCGCCGUCGCCGUCGCUGUCGCCGUCAUUCUUUGUUUACGCAAUCCCACCACUCUCAUUUUCAUUGUAUCCUACGUGUCUUAAUUCCCGAAUUUACAACUCUACCCCUCACCUCUCUCUCAAUCCCCCAACACUACUUCCGUAAUUUCACCCUCUUCUUUCUCUCGAACAAUAACCCAGUACGUGGGAGUUUCAAUUCGGCACGUGUUGAUUCAAUCGGUCUCCUUCGCCGCCAAGCGCCGAUGACAACUUCCGCUCUAAAUUUAAUCUCCUCCUUAUUUAAUUCUAGGGUUUCUGAUCCUCUCCUUCUUCCAUUUCUCUCAACAAUUCUUGUUUCCUUUUCCUAUAUUCAAUGGUGCAGUUUCUGGAUUCCCAUAUCACGCUGUUUCCCGAUAAAUCGCCGGUGAAGCGGGAGUGUGAUGAUUCUUUUCAUCACGAGCAUGCUCAAUCGGACAAGCGGUUUAAGCCUGAUUUUCAUAAGCAGCAGUCUGUUUUGAGAUCUGACACAUUAUCUUCAACUUCUUCUCACAAUAAUCCACUUGAUGAGCCUAGUCCUCUUGGUUUGGUGUUAAGGAAGAGCCCGUCACUGUUGGAUUUAAUUCAAAUGAAGCUUUCACAGGGAAGUUCGACCACUGCUGCUGGACCUUCAAACGCUGAAACUUUUGACUUCGUGGUUAAAGCAGAAAGCCAGGACGCUACCGUGCCGGGUACCAAUGAGAAACUAAAGGCUUCAAACUUCCCAGCUUCACAUUUAAAGAUUGGACGUUGGGAGUAUAAAUCAAGACAUGAAGGUGAUUUAGUGGCCAAGUGUUACUAUGCUAAGCAUAAGCUUGUGUGGGAAAUCCUUGAGGGUGGACUCAAGAGUAAAAUAGAGAUACAAUGGUCUGAUAUUAUGGGAUUAAAAGCGAAUUGUCCUGAUGAUGGACCUGCUAUAUUAAAUGUUGUGCUGGCUAGACAGCCUCUUUUCUUCAGGGAGACCAACCCUCAACCAAGAAAGCACACUUUGUGGCAAGCAACAGCUGAUUUUACUGAUGGUGAGGCCAGUAUACAGAGGGAGCAUUCUCUGCAAUGUCCUUAUGGGCUUCUAAACAAGCAUUUUGAAAAGCUCAUUCAAUGUGACUCGCGCCUGAACUUCUUAAGCCGACAGCCAGAGAUUGUGUUGGGUUCUCCAUAUUUUGAACCAAGAGCCUCAACGUUUACUUUGGAGCAAGCCAGCAUCCGAGGUUCGGAGCAAGCAGUGAAUGGCAAUCAAUCUCUACUUUCUGCUUUCCAGGAUGUAGUUUCAUCAACUGCUGCGACUUCAUUGACGAUAGAACAGGCUUCCCCUCAAAUGGUGUUCGAGCCUUUCACUGUGAAGGCACCUUCCCCCAGCUCAGUGAUGGAUGCUCGUGAGAUUGAAGAGAAUAGAAGUACUAAAGUUACCGGCAAGCCAAUAAACUGGGAGCAGAUAAAAGUUCCGGGGCUUCAUCCAUCCAUGUCAAUGAGUGACCUUGUAAAUCACAUAGGACAUCAUAUUACAGAACAAAUGGCUUCUACAAAAACACCUUUUGUGGACGAUGGUUCAGAGGAAUACCAAGCUAUGUUGGAUGACAUUGCACAAUACUUGCUGAGUGACAAUCAAUUGUCAGCAACUUCUGAUGAGGUAUCACUCAUGUCAAGAGUCAAUUCUCUCUGCUGCCUGUUGCAGAAAGAACCUGUUCAAAGUUCCCAAACCAAUGGUGAAAACUAUGACGGACCCAAUAACAAAGAUGACGCUCAGCUCAAGGAUAAUGCGGAGUUGAGAGAUGGCAAGAAUAUUGAAGAGCAAACUCAUAUUCAACCCACUGAUUCUGGAAGCAUACAAGCCUCAGCUAUGUCAAGGAAAGAUUCAUAUGGGGAAUUAUUGUUGCAUCUUCCUCGAAUUGCAUCCCUCCCUAAGUUCUUAUUUGACAUUUCGGAUGGUGAUGAAGGUCAAGAUUAAAUUAUUUAACUUCCAAAGUCUUGAAAUAGGAUUGUGGGGGGUUCUGGUAACUGUAGCACGUAGAAGAAACCCUUUGCGUGUAAAAAUUCUUCUAUUAGGUCCACAGCUCUUAUUACAAUUGACCACAGAACACAAGCAUUGUACACAGAAUUGGGUUUGAAAUGAAUUGUUCUAAUUCCUUAAA